AUGCCAGAAGAUGGAACAGAUACUGCUAUUGAUGGACAUGCAUUACCCUCUUCCCCGUCAAGUGCAAGCACCUCCAAAAGCGGGUCAAUGCAGGAACUGAUAUCGACGCUGAUAAGUAGCGAAGUUACUCAUGGCGAUGCUGUAGACUUCAAUGCCCCGCUGAGAGAAGAUAUCCUGCUCCUCUCUGACAUUUUGCUACACAUCAUCAAAGAACAUGCCAGCAUUGCAGGCGGGGCGCCUGACAAGUUGGCUGCAAAGGUCGAUGAGCUUCUACACGCAUCACGACGAUAUUUUACGAACCCAUCUGAUGAAACGUUUACGGAAUUGCUGGCGCAUAUUCGCGAUGUUAAGCAUCCAAGUGAUUAUUUGGAGAUUGCACGAGCCUUUCAAGAAUUUUUGACUCUGGCGGAUAUCGCUGAGCGUCAGCACCGAGUACGCAGGUGGCGAGGUUAUCGCAGUGGAAAAAGUUCGCUCUCCUACCGGCAAACCUGCCGUGAUGCCUUCAAUCUCCUAGCAUCACAAGGAUUUACUCCGAAACAGAUCCGCGACACACUGCUGAAACAGCAAGUUGAUCUGGUUCUGACUGCUCAUCCAACCCAAGCAGCGCGGCGCACUCUACUAGAUAAGUACCUUCAUAUUGCCAAUCUUCUGGCCGUCCGAGACCGGACUAUUAUGACUCCACAAGAAGAAGUCGACUUUCGCAACACGUUGGAAGGUGAAAUCCUCGCUGCUUGGCAAACAAACACGGUUCGGAGAAUCAAACCAACGCCGGAGGACGAAGCUCGUAACGCUCUCAUGGUUAUCGAGAACACUAUUUGGACAUCCUUGCCAAAUUUUAUGGGAACCGUCGAUCAUGCCCUAGCCGAGAUUGGACAGCCACCAUUGCCAAUUGAUAGCACACUAAUUACAUUUGGAAGCUGGAUUGGAGGCGACCGCGAUGGUAAUCCCUUUGUCACAUCCGAUGUGACUCGGGACGUCAUCAAACUUUGUCGUUGGCGUGCCGCGACUCUCAUAUAUGCUGAAGUGGAUAAAUUGAUGUUUGACCUCAGUAUGACUGUGUGCAACGACGAGCUGCAGAAGGUUGUAGCGGAAAUCCCCGAAGAUGUGAUCGUUAACUCAUCGCGAAAGACAAACCUCACUUUCCCGAGGGGUAAUGUCCCUCGCGACGAACCAUAUCGGUUGCUGCUUACAGUCCUACGCGAUCGAUGCAAGGUGACGGAAGAAUAUUUGCAGCAAGCAAUAGGGGUCCCCAAUCCGCCACCACCUCCACCCGGUUUCAUCUCGCAUUCGAAGGAUUUAUUAGAACCCUUGCUACUUUGUCAUAGAUCGCUUGUAGAAUGCGGAGACCAUUUGGUGGCGAAUGGACGAUUGCGAAAUCUCGCACGACGCAUCUCUGCAUUUGGGCUGUCCCUUGUUAAGCUCGAUAUACGACAGGAGUCUGAGCGCCACGCAGAAGCAAUGGAUGCUAUAACGCAAUGGCUCGAGGUCGGAUCGUACAAUCAAUGGUCUGAAGAGCAAAAGCAAGAGUGGUUAAUAAAAGAGCUGCAAAACCGCCGCCCGUUGGUUCCCCAUGAUUGGCCUGAAAGUUGUACCGGUACAGACAACGUUUCGGAAAACGUCAAAGAAGUCGUGGCUACCUUCCGUAUGCUGUCCAAAGUCGGAACGGACGCGUUGGGAGCAUACGUGAUAUCUAUGGCUCGUACGCCGUCUGAUAUCCUGGCCGUCGCCCUUCUGCAAAAAAUUGCAGGUAUCCAAGAGCCGAUGCGCGUUGCUCCUUUAUUUGAGACGAAAGCAGACUUGGAAAAUGCGUCAUCCACAAUUGAUCGGUUAUUGUCGGUUGAAUAUUACCGCAAGUCCAUUAAUGGAAGGCAGGAGGUGAUGUUGGGCUACUCGGAUUCCGCCAAGGAUGGGAGUCGGCUUACGUCAGUUUGGGGUCUAUACAAUGCACAAGAAGAACUUGUACGUACAUGCGAAAAGCAUGGAGUGCAAUUGACGCUGUUCCACGGAAGGGGCGGGAGCGUUGGAAGAGGAGGAGGUCCGCAGCACUUGGCCAUCCUCUCACAGCCGAACGGGACUGUGCAAGGCAGGAUGAGAAUCACAAUUCAGGGAGAGAUUAUUGAUCACCAUUUUGGACAUACAGGAACCGCUGAGCAGACGCUAGAACGAUACACUACCGCCACGCUGAUCUCGACUUUGGCGCCUCCACACCCACCGAAGCCAGAAUGGCGCGCACUGAUGUCUCAAAUGUCAAAUACAUCUUGUGACUUUUAUCGGCGAGUUGUCCGGGAGAUGCCAGACUUCAUUCCUUAUUUCCGCUCUGCUACUCCUUUAGCUGAGAUAGGAAGUAUGAAUAUUGGCUCUAGACCUGCCAAACGGCGGGCUACAGGUGGCAUUGAAACUUUGCGUGCCAUUCCAUGGAUCUUUGCGUUCACCCAGACGCGAUCGCACCUUCCUGUGUGGUUGGGAAUAGACGAGGCCAUCGCGCAAGCUAAAGAAAGCGGCAAGUUGGGAUUGCUAAGAGAGAUGUAUCGCAAUUGGCCCUUUUUCAAGUCCACGGUGGACCUCAUUCAAAUGACUUUGGCAAAAGCGGAUCCCAGGAUAUCUGCAUAUUAUGACGCGCGGUUGGCUCCUGAGGCUGUGAGACAUGUCGGAGCUUACAUUCGGGAGAGGCUCGACCAAUGUAUUCGUCUCAUUCUCGAGGUUUCUCAAUCGAACGAUCUUCUAGCCUCGGAUCCUGUCGUGCGGCGUGCCGUGGAGUCGCGCCUUCCGUUCACCGACCCAAUCAAUCUGUUACAGGUUGAAGCUUUGAGUCUUUUGCGUGAAGCCGAGGAAAUUGGAAAGGAGGAAGAUCCACAGUUGCGCGAUCUGAUGUCAGUGACCAUUCAAGACAAAUUGACGGCAAUCCCACCAAGCAUCCGCGCCUUGGUUGAGCUGCAGGCGAUUAUAAGAGUCUGUUUGAGGAUGGGGGCAACUGAAAGUAAGCUUGCUUUUCGAAAGAGUGUCUUUCAACUUUACGAACAGAAGAGCAUUCCCGAAUCAAACGACGACUUUUGGAGCAACUUUUAUCGCCUACCAGAAACAGCGGAGGAUGUUUUCAACCUGUUUGCGCCAAAGGAUAUACGCAGAGUUCGAGAUACAGCCGUCGAAAACCUGGAAACGUUGUUACGAAAGACGUUAAGUCGCCUUUUUAGCUUUUUGGCUCUGACCACGCGUCCUACCCCGGACGAUGUACGAGAUGUCUUGAACUGCAUUCGCAUUUUGACCCGCCUGUUACCAUACGUUUUUGAAGUUGAGAAUGGCGAAUUGGAGGGGAAAAUCUUCUGGGAGGUGGCAAAUGGGGCACAGCCCUUGGGAGCAAAGCUAUGUCAAGCAGUCGUGCAACUACUGUUCUUCAGGGGAUUCACCUUGCCCGAAAUUCCCGACCCUAAAACUGGACGUGGCGUUCAGUACAGCAUCUGGCAAGAAGGCAUUGCAGUGGCAGUCAAACCGCCAGCCGCAACCCGAGACAACAUUAAUAAUCGAACUGAGACAAUGCGCCUUUUGCUGACAAUUAUAUCUCGAACAAUCUACUGCCCUGCGGCGAAGGUGCUAAAGUUUGAGAACAGAUGGGGCAACGCCAUUGUAUGCGGCCUGGAAAAAAAGGCGGUUGUGUCGUUGCUCUGUUCCAUGUUGAACACAAUAAUUAACUACCAACCGGUGGGAUGGGUGUCACUGCCAUAUAAUCAUCUGCUCUUUGCGAACAUGGAGGAACAACUUGUAACUCUUUGUCUGCAAACAUUCGUCGCCUUACUGGAUAUUCGGCCAGGCGGAACGCAGGCGCAGCCCUCUCAGAGUCAGGACAAUAGCCGAAGACCCUCACUUGAGCACAGUCGUCGGUCAUCAACCGCGAGUUCCAGCGAAGCACAGUCAUUUUCCCCAACGGCAGCCAAUAGCAGCGAGUCUAAGCGCGAAACCAUGCGAAAUGACUUCUGCUUUUACACCGGCAAGCUGCAUCGGCCGCAAGAUUUUUUACUCCUCAUGGAUGGCUUCUGCCGAGUUCUAAAGAAUCCGUUGGACGCGGCAAAUACAUAUCUACCUGGAUCGAUCAAGCGGGUCAACAUCCAUGUUGAAGUACUCAUGCUCUUCUGGAAGUUGGUGGAGCACAAUGAGAAAUUCGCACACCAAGCAAUGGAAACCGACAAAGUUCUCGUUAUUCUUGCAUCAGUGCUGUACUUCGCGGUAGAGGCACGGAAUGAUCCAGCGCAGAUCGGUCUCCUCCGCAUGUGCUGCUUCAUCUUACAUAUACUGUCCCAGGACCGCAAUUUUGCAGUCCAGCUCAACUCCUUAUUUGAUUACAAUACUGUUGGAGCGGCAGCAAAGGCUGUGCCGAACUUUACAUCGGGAACAUGGGCGGAUUUCAUGUUUUUGGCCAUUCACACAAUGGUGACGACGCCCAGUCGUUCGCCUAUGGCGGCUCUACACGAACAUCUCCUAACGGCGAUGACAAACGUAUCCCCGUUCGUGAAAGCGCUCAACGUUACCACCGCUACUAAACUGCUCAGCCUCUUCAACCUGUUCUCAAACCCGGCAUUCAUGCUUGCAAACGAGCAUAAUCAUAAGAACGUUUUUUUUCUGUUGGAAGCGUUUAACAACAUUCUCCAGUAUCAAGUCACGGGCAACACUCAUCUUGUCUACGCAAUUGUUCGACACAAGCAAAAGUUCUACGAUUUGCAUAACCUUACGUACGAGCACGCUGUUAGCGAGUUGAAUCGAGUGCGAGCCAUUCGAGCACAAAAACAAAGCGGAGAUUCUCAAAAGCAGCCGACAAAAUCCGAAAAAAAUGAAGGGGAAGAGGAGGCGCGAUCGACGGAGUCGUUGGAGGGUCAAUUAGGUAGUAAAGCACCCAGCGCGACCAACGGGGAUGGCAGCAACAGUGCAACCGCAUCAGAGCGUCGCCAGAGUGAGAGUGACUCUACAGGGACAGAUACAGAGUUAUCAGAAAAAGCAAAGGGCAAACUACCAGCUGAACACUCUUCGGGACCUGUGGCUGGCGGAAAAGAUGGACAGGUUGCGCCUAUCAACGAUAAGGGCAAGUUUCAACCCAAUCAGGAAUGGUUCAACUACUGGCGGGCUCAUCUGCCGUUGUCUGUCAUACUCAUACUGGUCGAUUCCCUCGGCCCAACGAUCGAACAGAUGUGCCUAGAUAAGGGCAUCAAUGAUGAUAAGACUGUGUUGGAGUACCUCCAAAGUGGAACUUUAGUGGGCUUGUUACCUGUGCCACAUCCGAUCUACACUCGACGGUUUCAUUAUUCAGAUGCAAUUAGGAUAUGGUUUACCAGCUAUUUAUGGGGUCGUGUGUUCACGACGAGUAACGGGAUGGGUGCGGGGGAGGCCGCGAAAAUGUGUCCGCCAAUAUGGACUGGCACACAAAUCAAAUUAUUUGUUGUCAAAGUGUCUGCAUAA